AUGGCGAAUAAAGCCUCGUCGGCCGGUCCCUCUGCUUUGGCGCAGAGCUUGUCGGCCCAUUCCUUCGAGAGCCAGCUCAGUGAACAACUACAACACCGGAAGGAACAGGGCGAUCCCAACCUUCCGGUCGAUGAACUCAAUAACGAUGGCAGUCAUUUGGUGACUCCGCAGCGAGGGACCCCCAAGUCCCGGUCGUUGUCCGAUGCCGUGAAACCCGUUUCGAUCCCUCAACCAGUCUCGGGGGAUCUGAAGACGGCAAGCAAGGAUGAUAGCUCCAUCCCAUCGAUCCCGGCCACCCCGCAGCGAAGCACGGUCUCACCGAGCAAUCUGUCGCUCAACCUGCCCCUCAAGAUCCCCGCAGCUGCAUCGGCGAGCAGUCGGGCCCCUCUUUCCCCGAAACUGGAUUCGUCGCAGAUCUACGGCUCGCCAGCCUCGGUGCUUCCUCGACGCUCGAGAGGGCUUGAUUUCUCCCGGGCGUGCACGAAUUUGCAUCACUCCACCCUCGCAGAGUCGUCUCCGGAUUCCUCGCCGACCAUCGGCGGACGAGGGGUGAACAUACCAAACCGUCGUGGGUCGCUGAACUCCACGUCUGUCCCGCCAUUCUCGACAUCAGGGCCCGCGGACCGAACGGCCAUUUCGAGCUCGGUGUCGAGCGUGAACAUGUUGGAAUCUGAUACAAGCAGCAGCGACGAGGAUGACGAGCAGAUGGGGGGGGAUCGAGACGAAAUGAUGAUCACCAACACCCCGCAGGCAAACAAAAUGGGGGCGGCUUUGAAUCCCUUUGGGGUCGGCACGGUGUCCAGCCCCGGUGGUGACUGGAUGGGCAGCUACUCCCAGGCAGCCGCCAGUUUGCUGAGCUUCCAACGUGCCCGGUUCCGUAAUAAAGGCCGCAGUCGACACAGCUCAAGUAGCGCGAGCGCGAACAGUUCCAAGCAGAGCCCUGGCCCUCUGUCUCCACCAGUGAUGAAGAGCAUCGAGAAUCCUGCUGCCGGAGGGUAUUUUGCCUGUAAGAAUGCUCUUCAGUCCCGGCGUGAAAGCUUGAGUCUAGGAACGCGGGAUUUGCGCCUGUCGGAUCUGAGUGACGACGGAGAGAGUCGAGCAAUCCGAGGCCAUAGCCCGGCGGGCAUGUCUAAUCCUGAAGGCGGGCCUUUGGGAGUCAUUCGGCGGGCAGUCACGAGACGAAGCAGUCUACUGCCGAAAACAAAGACCUUUGCCAGGAUCCGGGCCGCUCUCGUCGAGGAAUCUGCCCCCAUUGACAGCGAGGCGAAGCGGGAGGCCCAGGUCAUUCGACAGGUCCGCGAGAGCGAUACUGCAGUGCCGCAGAAAUCUCCGACCCUGGAGAGCUUCUCUUCCUUUUCCCCACCGCGCCCAUCCCAGCCAGCCUUGGAACAAAGUGCACUGCCCAAGUCCGAAGUGCCGGGGACUAGUGGGAGCCCAUUCGGUCAUCAGGCUAUGCGCAACUCCAGUGCUGCUGACUUUUGGAAUUCGAUUGAUGGGCGAUAUCGCACUCCCCCACCGCCGCUGCGGUCCAACGGGCCUGCCUCGGUCGUGUCCGAGGAUGAUACAGCCAUGGACAUCACGCCAUCUACUUCUUCCGGGUUCAACAUGCAGGAUCUGCCCAAACCGUGGGACCGGCCUCCGUCGCGGUCGUCGACGUCCCACGCCUCGAAUCCCAUCUCGAUAAAUGAUAUCCAACGCAAACGACGGCGGGAUGACGACUUUGACCCGAAUCUGUUUAAACGGAGGGCCGUGUCGCCCAGCAUGAGUGCCCAGAGUAGCCCUAUCUUGAUGCACUCGCCCACGGUCAAGGAUGUCGGACCGAAUAUCUGGGGACCGCCGUCCAAACCUGCUCUUGGACCACCUCUUUUUGACCGCCUGGGCCACGAGAAUGCGAAUCGGCCAACUGCCCCGGCGGGCACGGUGAAGCGGGUUGGCCUUCAGGGCAUGACAGAGGCCAGCGAUGGCUUCAUGAAUAUGAGCAUUGAAUGA